UAUAUAUAUAUAAAUAUAACCUCUCAUUUUGGUUCUUACACCAUUAACAAAAACUCUCACAUACACUUAAUCUCAUCUUCACAGAACAAAAAUGGCAUCCAAUGGAGUUGAACUUGAAAUCACUGAGCUCCGAUUAGGGCUUCCGGGGAGUGGCGGUUGCCGUACCUCAAGUUCAAAAAAUGAGAAGAAAAGGGUUUUCUGUGAGAGUAGCAGUACCAACAAUGAUGGCGGUGACCAACCAUUCCCAAAAAGGAAUCAGGUUGUUGGGUGGCCGCCGGUUUGCUCUCAUCGAAGAAGGAGUAGUGGUAGCGGUAACAAUAAAGAUCUAUCUGAAACCGAAACUCCCAAGAUUUAUGUGAAGAUAAGUAUGGAUGGUGCUCCUUAUCUUAGAAAAGUUGAUCUUGGAAGUCAUAAAGGGUAUUCAGAUCUUGUGGUGGCGAUGGAGAAUUUGUUCGGCUCGGCACUCGGAUGCUCCGACUUUGUGCUGAUCUACGAAGAUCGGGAUGGCGAUUGGAUGCUCGUCGGUGAUGUACCAUGGAAUAUGUUUGUUGAAUCUUGCAAGAGAUUGAGAAUAAUGAAGAGAACGGAAGUUAAAGGAUUUGAGAUUCAUGUCCCAUCUGAAACCCUAAGUAGUAGUUCUUCAAAGGAACUAUAAAAAUUUUAUUUUUAUUUU